GUAACAAUUUAAUUCAGUUAUUUACCUUUCGAGAAAAAGUCAAUCGAAAAUCAAAACUAAAUCAAAAUGUUCAAGUUUAUUGUUGCUCUCUGUUUAGUUGGUGUUUCAUCCGCUGCCUUCGGAUUUCCUGGUGGCUGGAAAAACGUUGAAUCCAAUAGCGCGGCUGUUACUGAAUUGGUCAAUUUAGCCGUCGAACAUCAUAACGGUGAAAUCGAUGGACUUUACUACCGAGGUGUCGUCGAGGUUAAAUCAGCCAAACAACAAGUUGUCCGAGGAAUCAAAACUGAAGUCACCGUCGUCUUUGGUGAAACUCAUUGUGCUAAAGCCGAUGCUGGUGCUAAACUUUGUGAAAUCCCUGCAAAUGCUUUCAAAGAGGAAUGUGUCUACACUUUCUGGAAGGAACCAGCCGCUCAAACUGCUUCAGUCCUUUCGAGUGCAUGUGUCGACCUUUAAAUUACCCAGUUAAUUAACAUGACAAUUGGUUUGAAUUAACACUCAUCAAACUGUAAAUUGUUUCCAACAGCAAUAAAAUUACCGCUUCAGUAUUUA